GACCCCACCAGCUCUGGGAAACCGGACUCCGAAUCCCUGGCACUUCGGAAUCGCAGUGGGGAGCAGCGAGAUUCACCGAAGCUUCCGGCAGCUUGCACGCCAUCGCCCGAACAUCUCCGCGUCUCGAUAUCCGGCGGCGGGCACUUUGACGAUUCUUAUCUGCCUUCCCACUGUCACGGCUUACCCAUCGCAUCCGGCGCGCAGUUUGCAAGCCCCAGACCUCGCUUCGGCUCAACAUGGAUUACGUCCAGCAGCGCGUAGCGCAGGCCGUCUCCAACCAGGAGGCGGCGUCUAACGCCUUCCUGACCCCGCUCAACGCCCUCCUGCUCUGCGUCCUCCUCUACACAGCCUACGCCUUCCUGCUCCGCCCCGGGCCCUCCUCCGCCGCCGCGGCGCAGGUGCCCAAAGAACCGCCCGCGAUCGUCUUCCGCACCUUCACGCCGCGCACGCUGCUGCCGUACAACGGCGAGAACGGCGGCCCCGUCUACCUCGCCGUGCGCGGCCGCGUGUUCGACGUCUCGCGCGGCCGCAACUUCUACGGCCCCGGCGGGCCCUACGCCAACUUCGCCGGCCGCGACGCCUCGCGCGGCCUCGCCUGCGGCAGCUUCGACGAGUCCAUGCUGACCAAGGACCUGGACGGGCCGCUGGACCCGCUGGACGAUCUGGGCCCCGACCAGUUGGAGGCGCUGAAGGGGUGGGAGCAGAGGUUUGAGGAGAAAUACCUCGUUGUAGGGAGGUUGGUGGCGGUCGGGGAGGAGGGGAAGGGGGAGGAGAAGGCGGAGUGAAGGGUGUGAAGCGUGGGAUAAUACGAGAGGGGGUUUUCCGGGGGUGUUGGACGGGUUGGGAGGUUGGGUUGAGCGUGGAGGACAUCCGCGGUCGGCGCGGAUGUUGCUUCCGCAGCUCGCCAGGGAAUCAACAACAGUCGAGCAUUAUCUACUCGAGUCACGAUUU